UUGUUGAUUUUUCUGGUCUUCAACCGCAUCUUGUAUAUCCUAAGGUACCACUUUGUCGCCUUCCACUCUGCACGUUGCUCUCACAUACCUCGACGACCUCCGGUUCGAUUACCGCCAUUCUCCCUUGUCACAUCCCUCUAAACUAUUACGCUGGCCUAGGUCCGAGUGGCCAUAAUCCACAAUGGAUAUCGUCCUCGAGAUCGUUGACACCCUCGCGCUCGAUCGUAUCUACUCUGCUGUGCUUCCUGCGAGUCCCUCUUCCUAUCUGUCUCAAAAGUUCAACAACCUCACCACCUCCACCUUCUCGAGCGUGCGCGAUGGUGCUGUGGCAACUCCUCAAUACACCUACAUCUAUGAACCUGCAUCCAAGUUCAUUUCCCUCAAUCCCACCCAAUGGGCGUAUAGCAGCUCUCUGCCACGAGACAACGUCUACAGACAAGCCAUCAGUCUAUUCCUGGUAGUAUGGGUAUUCGGACUUUUGUUGUAUUUCAUCUGCGCCACUCUCUCCUACGUGUUCAUCUUCGACAAAACUACCGUCAAUCAUCCAAAGUACUUGAAGAACCAGGUACGCCUUGAAAUCGCUCAGGCCAACAAAGCCAUGCCAGGUAUGGCAAUCCUCACCGCGGCUUGUAUGUUGGCCGAAGUUCGGGGGUAUUCCAAGCUGUACGACGUCGCUGAGGAUGCACCGUUCUCUCUAUACAACUGGCUCCAAUUCCCUUUCUUCAUCCUCUUCACCGACUUCCUCAUCUACUGGAUCCACCGCGGACUCCAUCAUCCAAGGGUCUACAAGACCUUGCACAAGCCCCAUCACAAAUGGAUCAUGCCAACCCCCUAUGCCUCACAUGCAUUCCAUCCAUUGGACGGGUUCGCUCAGUCGAUUCCUUACCACUUGUUCCCCUUCAUGUUUCCGCUACAAAAGUUUGCAUACAUUGCCCUGUUUGCCUUUAUCAACAUCUGGACGAUUUUCAUCCACGAUGGCGAAUACUAUGCAAACUCGGCUCUGAUUAAUGGUGCGGCGUGCCAUACCAUGCAUCAUUUAUUCUUCAGCUGCAACUAUGGACAAUUCACAACACUCUGGGAUCGUCUAGGCGGGAGUUACAGAAAGCCCAACGAUGAGCUCUUCAAGCGUGAGACCAAGAUGGGAAAGAAGGAAUGGGAGCGCCAGACCAAGGAAAUGGAGAAAAUCCAGCUCGAGGUCGAAGGAGCCGAUGACCGAAGUUAUGCUGCAAGCGAGGAUGUGAAGAAAUCGCAGUGAUUUGGUCUCAAGCGCAAUAUGUAGGGUAAAGAGGCGUUCUGAGCGUGCAUCUUGGAUCUUUUGGGUAGUGGGCUUAAUGCAGAGUAAUGAUCUCGCUCCAGAUGUCGUGCUGCCACUCAAGUGUAAAUAGGCAGGACGGCGACUAUUAAUACGAACAAGCACAUAGCAUUUAAAGAAGGUUCUCCCGGCAGGGAUAUGGAUACAUAAUUCAUCAAUCGAUUUCUCGUACCUUGGGACAAGAGGGAGACUCAUUGGUUGGGUACACAUUCUAUCGGCUAAAUCGCCGCCUCGAUCUGGUUCAGAAAAAAGUCAGGGAUAGAAGAGGAAUGGAUGAGGAAAAAUGAACUAUAUUCAGUUUGAGAUGUCCAACAUUAAAUUCAUAGACCAAGGAGGGAUAGAUUAUGACAGGCUAUGAAAAACCCUCGAACGACAGCUGCAUGAGAUUGAUAUCUG